AUGAAAAGACGAUUCGGUACAGUAGUUAAUGCCUGUGAACCACAAUUUUUUAUUGGAUAUUUUGAGUUUUUAGAAAGAACUACUACUACUACUACUACUACUACUACUACUACUACUACUACUACUACUACCACUACUACUACUACUACUACUACUACUACUACUACUACUACUACUACUACUACUACUACUACUACUACUACUACUACUACUACUACUACUACUACUACUACUACUACUACUAUGAUACAUUUAAUUUUGUUGUUUAAUGAUUGA